AUGAAGCACUUUGCUGACAAAUCACGUCGUGAUGUUGAGUAUGAGGUUGGUCAGCUAGUUUACGUGCGUCUACGGCCCCAUCGACAACUUUCUGUACGAGAUCAGUCCACAAGCAAACUCACCAAACGAUAUUUCAGACCCUUCCAAAUUCUGGAGCGCAUUGGCAACGUUGCAUACCGCUUAAAGCUCCCAGACGGGUCGAGAAUACACCCAGUAUUCCAUUGUUCCAUGUUGCGCCCCCAUCAUGGCCCCUUCAAACUGCCAACCUCGUCACUUCCUCCUCACGCUCUCGACAACCAACCUAUAUUGAGACCCUUAGUGAUUCUGGAUUCACGCCUAGAUACUUCCACUACCCCGCCAACCCGUUUUGUAUUAGUGCAGUGGGAGGGUCUCGCGCCAAAAGACUCCACAUGGGAGAAGUGGGAUGAUCUUUGUCACUCACAUCACCUUGAGGACAAUGUGAUUUUCCCAGGGGGCGAUAAUGAUAGCACCAGCAGCCAUCUGGAAGAAGAUGAUCCCGUAGUACCGCGAGAAGCCAGACCACGAAGGAUUUGCACACGACCUAAGCACGUAGAAAGCUACGUAUAA